GGAAAUCCGAAGACAGCAAAGAUCCGCUCAUCAUUGCGCAAUGCUUCAGUGAACCCACUUUCAGGGGAAAAGGUGAUGCAUUGUGAUAUACAGUGCUCUUGUGUUUGUGGCCAUCGUUGAGUGUUGGGUGUUUGGACAGAUUUUGUUCUUUGAGACCUCUUGAAAGAGUGUUAAGUGUCUUUUGUACGUUCAUACAUUACAACAACAACGCAAUAAGUAGGCCUUCAACAGAACCAACUCGCACGAGCCACAGACUUGUAAAUUAUUGUGUAGAAAGCAUUUGUACUGUGUGACCUCACCUCUUGUACAGUGGAAGAAAACUGAGAUAAUUACCUUGGAUUCCACUGGACUGUUGAAGCAUGGGCUACAUUAAGUUGAUCUGCUUCUGUAUCUGGGCUGUGCAGAAGAUUGACAGUCUGAGAGACAAGCAGGUUACCCAGAAACGGCCUGGCAAAAUCUUAAGUUGGAUUACUGCCAUUGUGAUUGCCCUCCAAAUAGCUUCAGGCAUUGCUUUGUCAGUGUAUGGCACUCUGAUCCAGUCCCUGCCAUCAUCCAAACUGCCUCCUUCAGUUAGCCUCCCUGUUGUCUGGUGGAUUGGGAUUGUGCCCAUUGUUGCUGGGCUCUUGGGAAUUAUUGCAGUCUACCAAAGAAGAAGAAAACGAAUUGUUAUCUGGAUACUUGUCAAUGGAACUUUGUGCCUGGGUAAUGGUAUCCUGAUGUCUUACACUGAUGUGCUAACACCUGAAGCUUAUGGCUUAAAAAACGAUGACAUUGACAGGUGCAAGAAUUCCUCAUGGAUUGAUCCAGUAACCACCACCACCACCACCACCACCACCACCACCACCACCACCUCUCCCUAUUAUCCUCAUCAAGAAGAAAACUAUUAUCAUGAGGAGUCAUCAGAGGAUAGUAACAAGGAGGUUCGUCUUAGCUGUGAGAUGGUAAAGACCCUGGGGGUGGAGCUCAUACCAGGACUGACCUACAGUCUGCUGACUUACCUGGGGCUGAUCAUCUUGGUUACAGUGUUUAGCUCUGUUAUUGGCUGUUGUCUGCAGGAGUGCAUCCAUGAUGAGUAUGGUGGGCCGGAGUUUGUACCUGUGGAACAGUCCAUGGACAGAGGUAGGAUGAGUCAGCAGUUUAUGGCAGUCCCUUCAGGCCACACAGGGGAGAUGUUUGCCCCACUGCACAGCCCUCCCCCUGACAGCUACCCAGGCUAUGCCCCACAAUCUGGCAUUCAUCAACCCACCAGCUACUGGCAGAGUCAGUAUCCCCAGAGUGUUCCUCAAUCUGGAUACCCUAGCCACUCUCCCCAGACCCAGUUCUGGGCAGUUGGGGGCGCACAUCCGGCCCCUCCGAGCGCACCACCUGGAGAUAACCACUCUGAUGAGGGCAGCGAAGGUUUCCAAGUGGAGAGCGAGCGCCAACUCCUCAUGUAAACAGGCAUUAGUGACGCAGAUGGGCAUGAUUAAAAAUGGCACAUUUUCAUUUAAAUUGGUGUCGACAUUGCACUCCCUGAAGCUUCCAACAGCCUUAUGGUGUAGACUAUAUAAGCUUCUUGUAACAUAAAUAGACGAUCAUGUUCCCUGGCAAGUUACGUAAGCCAUUACAUGCUGACAUACAGUAACACCAUGCAAACUACAUGUAUAAUACAAACCUAUAAUGUGAAUGUUAUGGUGAUAUAUUCUUGAUACAAGAGGAAAUAAUUCCACAGAACAAAAUGGAGUCCAGUCACUCCCAGCAGUCUUCCUAGUACCAAACACUUUCAUCAUGAAAAUUGUUUCAUUGUUUGUAAUCGCAGAAAUGCGCAGUAGUUGUGAUAUGGGGCAAGAAUUCUUUGUUGCAGUAAGACACGUGUUAAAAGAUGAACAUCAAAAAUUUGAACCACUAACAUGUAUGUAUCAGGUAAUGUAAAGAAUGAUUGUCAUAGCUAGUAAACAAAAACCUGUGAUCACAAGUCAAAUUUCUUUUUGAAAAGACUCUGCCAUAAGGCAACGCUAUUAACAUGGAAAGUUACAAACUAUUCAUGACAGACAUUUGUGAAAGUGAGCCCUGAAUGCCCAAAAUAGGUUAUUUUCAAGAGUAAAACAAACAUUCAUUAUUGAAAGGAUUAAAGGUCAUAUUAAAUGACCACUAUCUUUACUGUUGAUAGGGUGCUAAUUAAAUUGCUCGGGAAAUUUGGAUUCUGAUCUGACAGUGCUUAAGUGUUUGUGACUUACAUAUAUCGUAUUACUGUGUUGAUUCACAUAAUUAUUAUUAUAAUUAUACUCUUGCUGGGUUCCUCUCCGGUCGUACGUGGGAAGGUCUGCAGCAACCUGCAUAUGAUAUGUUAGUUUCCUGUGGCAGGCCCUGGGCUCUGCUCAGUUUCCUUGCACCAUAAUUCUGGCCGCUGUUGUAUAAGAAAAUAUUCUUGAAAAUGGCAUAAACACCAAUCAAGCAUGUUACAUACAGUGUAACUGGUGACUUGGCAAGUUCCAAGCUUGCACGUCUUGUCCAGGAAUGGAAUUCUAGAUUUUUCCUGACUGGUGGUAGAGUUAAUUUCAUGGCACAAGAGUGUGUCAAGGUCACCUCAACUCCUGGCUGACUAAUCUUGAACUAGGUAUGGAAGGAGAAAAGAAUAACGUCUACAAGUAGUCUUGAAUUUCGACUUCAUGUAUGUUAAGUGUAUCGUUAUUAACAUUGUUAUUGUUUGGUAAUUCCCAGUUUUUAAUUGCAGAGAUGGAAUUUCUGCAACAUUUAUUGUAUGUUUCACUCAUAUGGUUCAGUCUUGAUGAAUUCAGACCUUCUGACAUUCUGCUUUAUACAUUUUGAAAUUGUUCCUACAUGAUUUGGAAUAAGUUUUGUGUCAUUGUAAUGUUUUUGCAGGGGGACAUAAGAAAUACAUAUUGUGCAAGUAUUUGUUCUGCAUUGUCCAGACAAAAAAGAUUAUAGUGUUACACAUGUGUGUAUUUUUUAUAUCAGUGGGUUUAUGUAGUUUAGUUAUUUUUUUUCUCCAGAUCUGUAUUAUGUAGCUAUAAAUAUGGGGAAAUUUUGAAAAACAUCAAAAACUGUUGGCUUAUUGAAAGAUGAAGUCCUUAUAUGCCAGUUUGGAUAUAGAUGUAUUCUCCUGUACUGUUAUUUCAAAUACUCAUGCAUAUGACAUGUCAUGAAUUGUACAGUUUUACAUUUAUCCCUUUACAUGUACUUUAUGGAGGAAGUGGUUAUAUCAAGAAAGGUCAACAUAGUUUAAUAAGCAUUUGUUUGUUAAUAUUGAAAUCAGCAUUCUUAAUCUCUGAUAAAACAAGAACAUAAAAAUGAAUUUUCUGAGUUGUCAACAGAUAUAAAAUGUGCAAUAAUAUAUAUUUGUUACAUAAAGGUGAAGUGCAUGCCUUCAUAGGGCAGAGAGAUAUUCAGAUUGUAUUACCUCAUUUCACAUUACACUGCCAAAAAUAGGACUUAAUUGCUCCCUUACACCAUACAAAAAAAAAAAGACAAAGAAUUCCAAAUAAAUAAGAAUUGUUCUACUCUUAGGAAAUGAGGAUAUUCCUUGAAUGAACAGUGAAAACUUUAGGCCCUCACCUGAAAGAAUUUGAUAUUAAGUAACCGAAAAAAUAGUUCAUUUUGGAUGCUGAUUAGGAUGUUUCCUUUAGAUGUAAAAUGUCUUGCCACCCUGUUUGGAAAUCAUGUUUUGACAUCAUAGUGCAAUCAAGCAUGUAACUAAUCCCUAGGACAUCUGGUUGUCCUAUUAACAAUAGUCUUGUUUAGGUUUGGUAAGAUGUGUCUUCAUGUAUGACAGUUCAGAAUGGUGUACAGGAUGACAUCUGUCUGAAUCUUUUUGGCUCUUGUUUUCAUCAGUACUGUAGGCAUUUUGUGCCAUUAUUGUGGGCUGGCCCCAUAGCUUUCCUGAGCUCUGAAAUCGGCGGACUAGGAUUCCAGCUGAGCUUCCACACAGACCUAUUUCAGAAAGCUAAGCUGUGAAGGAUAAAACAUAUCUCGGAUCUAACCUUUCCUGGUCCGUGGCAGACAUUCAUAUUGAAUUUUUUUAACGUCUGGAAAAGCUUAAAUUCAUUGCUGAAUAUGUUUGCUUUGGUUUGAUUCUGGCCUUUUCAUUUUCUUUGUAGUUUUUUUUUUUGCGACAUUUUUCGCACUUUGAAUCAUUUGAUACAUAUACACAUAGGUAAAUGUAGUUUUCAAUUUUUGGCAUUUUUUACCCUUAUUCACUGCCUUUGAUUUAGCUCUCUUGUUGAUUUAGAUUUAGUUUACAUGUACUUGGAUGUCCAUUUUGUUAGUCUUAUAGUGUAAACAUUUUACAAAAGAAUUUCCGUCACUUUUCUAAAAUGGCAUUUAUUUUCCUGAUGUUUCACUCUUGUACUGGUAUGCAUCCUUUUGGAACAUGUCUAAUUGUAUUACCAUUGAUGUCAAUAAAGUGUGACAUUUACAAAUGA